ACAAGAAGAGCAACUCAGCAAAGAAAAGUGUUGAACUCAGAAAUUCACUGCAACUGAAGAAGAAGAAGAAGACUGCAGCUGGCUUACUGGUAUACCUUCUGAUACAACAGCCACACUGCAACUACAGUCUACAGAGUCAAGAUCAUCAUGAAUACUGCAAUGACUGUUAUUGUUCUUCUGGUCUGCUCAGACGUCAUUUACAUGAUACAAGGGAGAGGUAUACUAAAUCCUCGGUGCCGCUGUCCUAAAGUACAUGCAGGGGGGGUGAAUAUCAGUUUAAUCAGGACACUGACCUAUUACCCUCCUCGCUCACACUGCUCUAAGGAAGAAGUCAUUGUCACACUGAAAACCAGAGGUCCGCUCUGUCUCGACCCAAAUGGGAAGUUUGCCAAAACACUGAUUGAAAGACAAAUCAAAGUAAAUCAACAGCGUCAGAAACAACACUCCAUUGAGACUCUCUCCCCACAUACCAACACUAGCACUUGAUCACUCUUUGUCUGGCACUGGAAGCUGUGCCACACUGCAACCACUCUGCUGGCUUGCCUCUGAAGCGGGGUUGGCCCGGUUGGGCCUUGGAUGGUAGACAACGACCAGAACAAAUGGAGUUGGAGCGCCAGUAGGGGGCACUGUCCCCUCUGGUCCAAAGAGACUUCAAUCAAUGAGUCAGGACAGUGAUGGGGACACUGCCCUAGAAAGUGGCUGUCCUUUAAAUGUGUUUAUUAUUAUUUAUUUGUAUAUAUU